UCAAGUCCACUUAUCUCCACUAGUAAACAUUUAUCCACCUUUUUCUCCAAAGCCGUUUCUGAGGGUCAAGCUUUUAUAGAAAUGGCUCUUCGAGUUCCUGCUAUUAUGCAUGUUAAGCAGCUUCUCCGCCGGUCCUUUCUAAGCGGCAAAGAAGCAGCUUUCACAACUAAAAUUGUUCCGAAAGGUUACUUUGCAGUCUAUGUUGGUGAGUACCAGAAGAAGAGAUUCAUUCUACCUAUGUCAUACCUAAAUGAGCCUUCAUUUCAGAAAUUGUUAAAUGAGGCGGCAGAAGAAUUUGGGUUUGAUCAUCCAAUGGGUGGUCUAACAAUUCCUUGCAGAGAAGAGGUUCUUACUGAUCUCACUUCUCGCUUAAACAGAUUGUGAUACAUGGAGCCGAGAUCAAUCAUCAAAACAGAUUUGUAAACUCAUGCACUCCAUCUCUUUCUGGAGAAGGAGAAAUUUGGCAAAUGCACACUCGGUUGAGAAAGUUGCUAAGCAGAAGGUACUGCAGUAUCUGAAGAACAUGUCCAUUUGCCUUCACUGUUCAGGCCAAGCAUAUUUUCCAGCAGAUGUGGAGGGCUCAAGAGGCCACAUAUUUAAAGGCAAUGUGGAGAAGCUCAAGAGACAUGAUAAUGAGUAGUGUCGAGAACACCAUUGACCCAAGAAUCCAUCUUUUCAAUAUUGAAUUAAGAGCAUUGGGUUCUUUCACAAAUCAUUGUAAAAUUCUUUUUCUUCUUUAACAAAAGUUGGGAAUCAAAGCUUUCCAUGCAAAUAUUUUGCUUAGAAGUUCUUUUUAAUGUAUUGGUUAAUGCCUUAGCUCCUUUGUUUCACAUU